CCUGUGGGCGGUAGUCAAAAGAUUAGAGGUACAUAAUUGGUCCAGGGACUGGACUCCAAAGUUUUGAUAGCUGAGCAAGUUACAAAGGUAAUGAACUAGAUCUGGUCAUAAUCAUGACCAAGUUACAAAGGUAAUGAGCUCCAGGUUGAGCUGGUCACACUCAUGAAUAAUUGCAAAGGUAAUGAAUCAUAAACACAUUAAUCAUGAGAAUUUACAAAGGUAAUGAGCUCCAGGUAGAGCUGGUCACAAUCAUGACAAGUUUCAAAGGUAAUGAAUGAUAAACACGUUAUGACAUGAUUACAAUCAUAGACAAAUUACAGAGUAAUGAGCAGUUAACAAACAUAGUAGGGAAUUCAUCCAAUGCCCCAACAACAGAUGUUGCUAGGUGCCUGUCUCUCCUCGGUAGACAGCCAUUGCAAACAGCAGCAAGUUGCCCCGGGAUCUGCUGCUUGCACGAGCACCAUCGACCCUCCCCAAGAGGUCCAAGAAGCCAGUGACUCCGUUAGCAGCCCGAUGGAGAGCUGCCCUAGGGACAUGUCAGCGUCCUGGUGGACGCCAAGAAAAUGAGAAAAGUGAUUUCUUGUAUAUCUAACAUUCAUGUGCUUAAUACUUUUAACCUGACUGGGAAGGCAGUGUUCAUAAGACAUACACUCCAGCGGCCCUUAACAACCCCACAACAUAACAAGAAGGAUGUGCUCCAGACAUGACAGACCUUACAGAGUUGUACAAACAACUGUGCAAGAGAUACAACAUAGAGGAGCAGGAAUGUGUCCAGGACGGGUUAGCACAGGGCAGCACUCUAGAUCUCUCCAACCAGACACUUGACAUUGGCACUUGUGCUGUUUUAGGCAAGAUUAUGCAGAUAUCGAAUGUAAUCAACAAGGUGAGCUUUGGAGAUUGCUUACUGAAAGAAGAUGGCAUCAAGUCAAUUCUUCUAGGACUUUGUGGUAACACCUCUGUGAAGACGCUAUCUCUGAAGGGUAACAGCAUCCAGAGCAGCAGCACCCAUGCACUGGCCAAGAUGCUCAGGCAUAACAAUACUAUUAUCAGGCUGUCUUUGGAGUGGAAUAACUUGGGGCUAUGCUCUGAGAGUUUUUCAUCUUUCUGCGAGGCCCUUGGAAGCAAUUCAACCCUACAGUACUUAGACCUACGUAGUAACCAGCUGGGCAUAGAUUGUGGACCACAUUUGGCUCGAGCACUAGCUAGAAACUGCAGUUUAUCAUCUCUUGACGUAAGAUGGAACAAUUUAGGAGGAACUGGAGGAAAGGCCUUGUUGGAAAGCCUACACCACAACAGAACUCUCUCUAAAAUAGAUUUAGUGGGAAAUGGAAUACCAAAUGAAGAAAUUUCUGCCAUUGAGAUGCAGCUGAGCCAGAACAGCCGGUCAGCCAUAAUGACAAAGGAGUACACAAGUCGGACUGGUAUCCUAAAGCAACAGCUGGAAGAACGUGAGCGCUACUCAGCCCAGCAAAUUGAAUAUCUGGAGCGGUCUUUAGCACAAACAGACUUAACAUUAAAUAAAACUAUUAAGGAAAGUAUGUUCCAAACUGGAAAACUGGAUGAGCAGUUGCGAUCAAAAUCUUUGGAACUGGAGGCAUUAGAGGCAAAAUAUGAGCUAGUUAACUCUGCUCUUCGCCUGAGCCAUGAGCGAGUGACAUCAUUAGAAGCAAAGAAUAAUGCUUUAGAAGAAGAAUUACAAAAGAGUCAAGAGGAGGCCUUGCUGCAUAAGAAGAAUGACAAAGAGGAACUGGAGCAUGUUAGAUCAGAACAUAACCAAGAAGUAAGAUUGCAACAGAAAACUAUCAGUCACCUUGAGGCACAGGUUGGUGAGCUGGAGUUUAAGUGUAAUAAUCAGAAAACACAAAUUUUUGAUUUGAAGGAGGCUGUAUGUUCCUUGCAGUCAGAAGUAAAAGGGAUAAGAUUAGAGUGUGAUGAAAUGAUGGCUGCAGAGGCUGGGAAGCACAAAGAAUCUUUGAGGAACCUGGAUCAACAAUACAAUGCUGAAAUACAGCGACUCAAGAAGGAGCACCAGCUAAUGGAGGAUGAGAUAAGAGAGAAGUUGUCCAAUUCUGAGACCCUAAGAAAUGAACUGCAAUCAGAAGUAGUGGCCCUGAGGCUUCAAAUUUCAACAGAAAGAAGUUCAACACAAGCUCAGUUACAAUCUCUCAAACACCAGUUAAAGACUGAGCAGUGUACAGUAGUUCGAGGACUGGAGGAGCAGUUACAUGCUAUGGAAGAGAGCCGUAAUGAUGGAGAGGAGAGACUGAGAGUACAAAUGGCAUCUAAUUCAACACUUUCAGCCACCAAUGCCAAGCUCAAUGCUCAAUUACAUGCACUCAAAAAUGAUCUUGCUGAGCUGAAUAUUAAACUAGAGGGCAGUGAGGCAGAGGUGAAGGCAGCUGAAAAGCGAGUCAGAGACGAGUUUGCUGCUCAGCUGAUUGAACUUCAACAAGAGCAUGAGAAAGUUACUAAACUCAACAAUAUUAUUGUGGAUCUUAAAAGGACCGUAUCAGAACUGGAGCACCAAUCUAGUGAGUACAAACGAGAAGUGAGGUUAAAAGAGGAUGAAAUUCAGAAAAUGCGGGAAGAUGAAACUCGUCGAGUAGGAAUGUUACACACAGCUUUUAUGUCAUAUUUCAACACUUCUCUUGGAUCACCAAUCAACCCACGUUGAGCAAAUUAUAAAUUUUAAUGUGUACAGUAUUUAUUUUUAUAAUGUUUUAUAGAAAAUACAGUGGUACCUUGACUUAUGAGUUUAAUUCGUUCUGUGACCGAGCUCAUAACUCAAUUUGCUCAUAUA